CCUGUGUCUACCUAUAGAAUGCAAAGGCUGUCCGUGUUCUGUUACAGAUUCUCCGCACAGAGCAGCGGAUGGUCAGUCACCUUUCUGCUAUUCGAGACGACUUCUACUACGUACCAGAAAACUAAGUGCCCAUCGAAAGAUAGAUUCCGGGUUAUCUUUGGUCGUCGGCUAGGCAGCUGGACCACGCAUAGGUCACAAAACGAUCAGUCUUCCAGGCGAACGCCACGAGCUAUGUAGGGACGAACUGUUGAAGCGAACUUUGGUCGAUGAAUAUA